CAGCGCGGGGCGCAGCGGGAGCUAUGGGGAACCGCGUCACCCGUGAGGACUUCGAGUGGGUCUACACGGAGCAGCCCCAUACGCAGCGCAGGAAGGAGAUCCUGGCAAAGUAUCCGGAGAUCAAGACUCUGAUGGGACCUGAUCCACAUUUGAAGUGGAUUGUAUCUGGAAUGGUUUUCGUGCAGCUUCUGGCAUGCUACCUGGUGAAAGAUUUAUCUUGGAAAUGGAUUUUCUUCUGGGCUUAUGGUUUUGGGGGUUGCAUCAACCAUUCGCUGACCUUAGCCAUCCAUGAUAUUUCACACAACGUCGCCUUUGGGAACAAGCAGGCCAAGUGGAACCGGUGGUUCGCAGUCUUUGCCAACUUGCCGAUUGGCAUCCCUUACUCUGCCUCCUUCAAGAAAUACCACAUCGACCAUCACCGGUACCUGGGAGGGGACAGCUUGGAUGUGGACAUUCCCACAGACUUUGAAGGCUGGUUUUUCUGUACACCCCUUCGGAAACUGCUUUGGCUUUUCCUCCAACCUCUGUUCUACAGUCUGAGGCCACUGUAUGUGAACCCCAAAGCGAUUACACAGAUGGAAGUUUUCAAUGCUCUUGUACAGUUUUCUGUAGACCUAAUCAUUUACAACCUUUGGGGACUCAAACCUGUUAUUUAUUUAAUAGCAGGUACAUUUCUUUGCUUGGGUUUACAUCCCAUUUCUGGGCACUUCAUAGCAGAACACUACAUGUUCUUAAAAGGGUAUGAGACAUACUCUUAUUAUGGACCUCUGAACUGGCUCACCUUUAAUGUAGGAUACCACAUGGAGCAUCAUGACUUCCCCAGCAUUCCUGGAUGCAGAUUGCCCAUGGUGAAGAAGAUUGCAGCGGAAUAUUAUGAUAACCUCCCACAUCACCGGUCCUGGAUUCGAGUUCUGUGGGACUUUGUUUUUGAUGACUCUAUUGGUCCUUACUCAAGGGUUAAGAGACUGUGCAAGCUGGCAAAGGAAAGCUAAUGGGCUGGUCUGCCUGUGGCAGUGGGGUGUGUUUUUCCACACUUGACUUCAGUUUUCACAUGACUUCAGUUUUCUGCGGAAAUAGGAGGAUCUCUGUGUGUGCUGAAUUAAUGUUGGUGCAUGCUGCUUAGACCAAGAGGAUGAGUGUGAUAAUUAAGCAAUCGAAUGCACUAUUUUAGACUACUGAUACUUUUUAAUAAAGGAUGUUUGUAUGUGUAACCCUCAGAAACUAGGUUAGAGUGAAUUAUGAUUAGGUGAACCUCUGGUCUAGGCUUUGAAAUAACUUCCUGGGGCACACAUGCCCAAGCCUGAGUUUUGGCCUGGUCUGCAGUGGAGAAUGUUUACUGUGUGUUACAUGUGACCAUGUGUGUGUAUAGUUGAGGACUAGUUUCUCUUGAUGCCAGAUUAGAAGUGGAUGCUCUGCGUGCACAGGACUGUGGAAGCAGGGAGGACUGGCAUGCAGUAGUAAAUGACACUCUCUGGAGAACACAAGGGUGCCUUUUGCUCAAUGUCUUGUCUAAUCUAAUAAUCUUCUGAUAAUUGCUAGUAACAGAGAUUUUGUAUAUGCAAUGAAAUAUGUUUAUAUUUUUGUAUAGUUGUAUCAUUAUUUUAGUAGCUGGUGUUUGAUCUUUAUUCCAGGGAUUUGUCUAAACCUUUUCUGAAUGCAUUUCCAUGAGGAUCUAAUACUCACUGUGGCGAACUGACAGAUCUGAACUGUGGCAGGGAGAAAUCCUUCCUUUAGUCUUCCACCCGCUGCCCUGAGCAGCAGCAUGAAUAUGCUUCUGGAGGAACUGCCUGGUCCUUUCUCAUUCACCUUUUCAACUGUAUCCAUAACUUCAUGUUUCUCACACAUUUCCCCACUGUAAGUCCUUCUGGGAAUGGAGAGUUUCUAGUUUUAAUUGUUCCUUGUCAAGAUUGUUAGCACUCCUGAUCACCUUUCUUGAUCUCCUCUAUAUUAUACCCCUCUCUGUGCAUAGGAUUUA